AUGGAGGUGUUCCAGAACUCGCUGGCAGUGCUGCGCAGUGUCACCCAAGCUGUGGUGGUGGAGGCCAUUGCGGGGCUGUACCGCACCAGGAAGUCCUUCCUGCACAAGCUGGAGGCAGUCAAAGAGGAGUUCUGCCAGCGCAACAAGGAGGCGUCGGAGCAGCGGUGCCGCACGGUGCUGCAGGAGCUGUGGAGGGACGUGGAGCUCCGCCUGCAGCGUGGGGACUACGUGGCACGUGGUGGUGCUCAGCUGUUCAAGGAUGACCUGAACCGCGUGCUGGAGGAGUACAAGCAGCGGCAUGACAAGGGUGUCAGGGCGGAGGCGGUGCUGAAGGAGUUCCUGCGGGAGCACGAGGGGCUGGCACAGGUGCUGAAGGCCACUGAGGUGCAGCUGGAGCUGGCGGAGCGGCAGCAGGAGGCGGCAGCAGCCGAGGCAGAGGCGGCCCGGAAGGCGGCAGAGGCGUGGAAGGAGGAGCAGAAGCGCAGCAUGGAGGAGUACGAACGUCAACUGCAGCAGCGGAUGAAGGAAGAGCAGCGCACAUGGCUGGAGGAGCAGCAGCGCGUGCUGGAGCACCACAGGAAGGAGUAUAAAGCACUGCUGCAGGAGGGCUUCAGGCGUGAAGCAGCAGCCAUGGGGCUUCAGAUCUUAGUGCUGAUGAGGGCCUUCGUGUGCACUGUACUCUGAACUUGCUGAGCAUGGUGCCACCAUUCCAGUCCGGUGCGGCAGUCAUGGCAAUGAAGAUUGUCACCAAACUGCAAUGUGUGACAUAGCCUGUCCCCCAGCAGCUUUCUCUGCAAUAAAUUCAGUGGCACUACCCAGGCAAUGUCAUUUGGGGGAAACAUGGGGCUCCAUUCCAGGAAAGCAAAGGAAGCAGAAGAAGGGUGUGGACUGUGGGGCCUGGAUGUACAUUCGUUUUCAGUUCCAGAGCUGUCUAUGUUAUUUGUCUCACACGUAAUUAAUGAAUAUGUAUUGCCUGUGGAAAUAUAAGGGAUUCUGAAUUAUGUAAGCUCUGAGGCACUUACGGUGGAAAUAUCCCCGGAGCUUCCUGGCACCAUAAGAAACAUACCUGCUUUAUAACUUCACACGGGGUAUAGAGUUUGAUUCCACAUGUCAGCUCACAUGCAACAGCAGUGGGUACAGAAAUAAGGGAAAUCAUAGAAUCGUAGAAUCACAAGGUUGGAAAGGACCUACAAGAUCAUCUAGUCCAACCAUCCUCCCAUUACCCUUGCUACCACAAGCCACUAAACCAUAUCUCGUAGCUCCUCAUCCAGAUGCCUCUUAAACACUUCCAGAGGUGGCGAUUCCACCACCUCCCUGUGCAGGCCAUUCCAACGCCUGACCACUCUCUGAGAGAAGAAGUGUUUCCUUAUG